AUGGGACAAAUGGGGUUCUUGGGGCCUACAAUCCAGGGAUAUGGUUGUGCGGGCGUAAGCAGCGUAGCAUACGGACUCAUAGCACGUGAGGUUGAGCGUGUAGAUUCAGGCUACCGUUCAACAUCGUCGGUUCAAUCGUCUCUUGUGAUGCACCCCAUCAACGAGUAUGGAAGCGAUGCGCAGAAAGAGAAAUAUCUUCCCCGACUCGCGAAGGGAGAAAUCAUUGGAUGUUUUGGUCUCACUGAGCCAAACCAUGGCUCGGACCCCGCUGGAAUGGAAACAGUCGCAGAGGAAGUGGAUGGCGGCUUCGUUCUAAACGGUGCGAAGACGUGGAUUACAAACGCGCCCGUCGCCGAUUUAUUUGUCAUUUGGGCACGGUGCAAGUGGGAUAAUAAAGUGCGUGGCUUCUUGCUGGAGAAGGGUAUGAAGGGACUGUCCGCUCCUGCCAUCAAGCAUAAACUGGCUCUACGGUGCUCCCUCACCGGUACUAUCUUCAUGGAUAGUGUUGCAGUCGGGCAUGACGCUGUCCUCCCGAAGGCACAAGGACUAGGCGCGCCGUUUGGGUGCUUGAAUAAUGCGAGGCGAGUUGUUACUCUUAAUGUCCCGCUGAGGACAUUCCUUAUCCGUAUAUGUAGAUAUGGCAUUUCUUGGGGGUCGAUGGGCGCGCUUGAAGACUGUAUCCAUCGUACGCGCACGUACGCGCUCGAAAGACACCAGUUCAAUCGCCCUCUUGCAUCGUUCCAGCUUGUGCAAAAGAAGCUUGUCGACGCUCAGACGGAGGCGGUACUCGGGCUUCAUGCCAGUCUGCAAGUUGGCAGACUGAAGGACGAAGGCAAGCUAGCUCCGGAGAUGAUCAGCAUGGUCAAGCGGAAUAACUGUGGGAAAGCGCUGGAGCACGCCCGCAGGGUUCUGGACAUCCUUGGCGGCAAUGCAUGCUCAGACGAAUAUCAUGUUGGCCGACAUGUUGCAAACUUACAGGUGGUGAACACAUAUGAAGGGACUUAUGACAUUCAUACACUCAUAUUGGGGAAAGCUAUCACCGGAAUUCAGGCGUUUGCGAAUUGA